UAACGAAAAUUAAUAUGAGUUUAGUUUGAGCAGUUUGACCUUCCCUUAAGAUCCUAUUAAUUUUUGGUCUUGUUGAAGUUGUAGUUUGAGAAAGACAUUUAAACUAUAAAUUACAAAAUGGCAUCCACAAAAUUCACAACAGUUGUGAGGUCGUUAAGCUCAUCCUCAAGCUCAACCCAAGGAAUGGUCAAACCCCCAAUUAAAGUAUUUGGUAUUGAAGGGCGUUAUGCCACUGCUUUGUUUUCUGCCGGAACCAAACAAAAUAAAUUGGAAGCGAUCGAGAAAGAUUUAAUCAAAUUUCAGACUGCAUUAAAAUCAGAUAGUGUCCUUAAGGAAUUUGUCGAUAACCCGAUUAACAAAAGGUCAUUAAAGUCUAGUACUUUACAAUUGGCUGCAAAGAAACUGGCCCUUUCACCUCCGUCAUCCAAUUUUUUGAGCAUGUUAGCUGAAAAUGGAAGAUUACAAAAACUAAAUGCAAUCAUCAACAGUUUCAAAAUUAUCAUGGCUGCACACCGAGGAGACUUGGCGUGUGUUGUAACAACUGCUAAGCCUUUGGAUUCAGCUGAUCAACAGGAACUUAAAAAAACAUUGCAAGCAUUUUCCAAAAAAGGAGAGACAAUCAAGUUAGAAUUAAAAGUUGACCCAACACUUAUUGGUGGAAUGAUUGUCAGCAUUGGCGACAAAUAUGUUGAUAUGAGUGUUGCUACAAAAAUUAAGAAGUACACCGAAAUCAUCCAGGAUGCUGUUUAAAUUUAAAUACAAUGCUUAGUCAUAGUAAAAAAUGGAAUAUUUUAGUGUGUACUAAUUAUUAUAAAUCAUCUAUGUAAAUUUAUAA